GUCAGCCAUGCUCAAUCCAGCCUAGAGCAGCCGAAUACUAGCUCCCGGAGGCGGAAAGGUGAGCAGUUAGUUGUUGCUGGAGAGGUGCGUGUGCUGCUAUAAGGUAACGGGGAAGCAGGUGUAGAGCUUAAAAGGAGAGGUCGCAAGUAUAUCAUUUGGUUUACUGCCGACAGCAAAGAGAGAAGAAAAUAUAAUGAUGGUUUCAUUUCCAUUUGAUUUGCACCUGGUGCAUCUGGAUCUCAAGGGGGCUCCACCCAAAGUCUCAUACCUGGCAGAGAUCUUCCCAUUGCUCCAUGUCCUGGGUGCAAAUGGUAUUCUCCUUGAAUAUGAAGAUAUGUACCCUUACGAUGGAGAACUGAAGCCACUCCAAGCAAAUGAUGCAUACAGUCCAUCUGAGGUUAAAGAGAUUUUAAAGCUGGCAAAGUCGCAUGAUUUAGAAGUUAUCCCCUUAAUACAGACGUUUGGACAUAUGGAGUUUGUUCUGAAGCACAAAGAAUUCUGCCACCUCCGGGAAGUGGCAAUGUUCCCCAACACAGUGAACCCUCAUAAAGAGGAUUCCUUGAAGUUGGUUAGCACAAUGAUAGAGCAAGUAAUGGCACUACACGAUGAUCUCCGAUGGUUUCACAUUGGCUGUGAUGAGGUGUAUUACCUUGGUGAAGGGGAAGAAUCCAAGCAAUGGCUGCAGCAAGAAGAAAAUACUAUUGAAAAGUUGUGCCUAGCCCACAUGAAAGCAGUGGCAAGUCACGUAGUCUCAACCCAUCCCACAGUGAAACCAAUUGUGUGGGAUGACAUGCUGAGGAGAAUGAGUGAAGAAACUCUGAGAGAUUCUGGGUUAGCACAACUGACAGAGCUGAUGAUUUGGGAUUAUUCUACUGAUCUUGAUGUGGAGAGUAAAGGUUUGAACUUGGAUGUUUUCAUCUGGAAAAAGUCCAGUCUCAUUGAAAAGUACCAGAAGUGUAACUUCUCAAAAUUCUGGUUUGCUAGUGCCUUUAAAGGAGCCACUGGAGUAAACCAGUGCUUGACACUCAUUGGACAUCAUCUUAAAAACAACGAGCAAUGGCUGAAAGUGGCCAAGAGCUGUUCUGUUGGUAUCAUAAGAGGGAUCACUCUGACCGGCUGGCAAAGGUAUGAUCACUUCUCCGUUUUGUGUGAACUUCUGCCUGUGGGAAUUCCGUCCUUAGCUAUAUGUCUCCAAGCAUUAAGGAAUGGUGGUUAUUCAGAAAAAGUGAGAGAAGAUGUAGAAAAAUUACUGGGGCUCUCCCAUUUGGAAAUAGACACCUUCAUGAGUGACAUCACAGGGACUUUCCCAGGAAAUGAAAUUCUCUUGCUUGUGACUCAAAUUGCAUUCUACCUCAAAUCCUCAAUAGACGAACUUUUGGAAAAUAACAGAUAUGUUACAGGCUGGUUUAGUCCCUAUCACAGAAAAAGAAAGAAGAUCCAUCCCAUAAUGAUUCAUCACUUUCAGCCAGAUGCCAUAAGGCUUCUGACCAAAUGGACUGUUCUAACCGAAGAGUUGCAAACAGCCAUGAAAAAGAUUUUCUACACCUCUGCUGUAGAAGAAUGGAUAGAAGAGAAUGUCCAACCAAGCCUUCAAAGACUUCAAGGAACAGUAGAUGAUUUGAACUGUGCAGUACAGGAACUCUCUUAGCAUUUUGAUCUAUGACUUUGCUAAUUGGAAACCCAACUUUCAGCUAGCAUCAAGCAAAUAAAUAAUAGGGUAUGUCCAGAUGAAUUUUAAUAAGCUUGGCAUUACAACAAAAAGCUGAGGUUAUGAGUCUUCUUUCUAUCAUGCUUCUAUACAAUCCUCUGUGUAAAGGUGUGCACAGUGUAGAAUUUCUAAAUUUAAAAAUCAUGCAGACACUUCAUCUUUUAAAUAAAUCUUAUUAAUAUGCUUAGAAUAUUUCCCCUGAAGUGCGAGAAAAGUUAAGUAUAAAAAUUUGUCUCUGAGUACUACAGUGGUUAGGAAUCUUCUAAUUAAACAGUGGUAGGACAUUCAGGGAACAGCAAAGGGACUGUCUUCACGCAACCAAGAAUUUUAAGGAAAAUAAGAUAGUGAGGAUUAGCAUAUAGACAACUUAAGAAUGGGCUUGUACAAACUUUACAUGGAAUUUGUAAUGUGUGAGAAAAAGAAAACACACAAGAUUAAUCUCUUCCAUUUAACUAAGUCUGUUUAUACAUUGACAAGUAAUCUCGCAUCUGUUAUACUGUUUCUUGAAGCUGGGCAUUUAUUUACACAGUUUCUGGAAACUAUACAUUUAGUGAUUUAAGCUUGUAAAGCACUAACUGUUCCUUUUGUCAGAUAUUUAAUACAGGAAAAAUAUGCAAUUUUGUUAAAGACACACUUUUAACUUCAAAUAAGCACCUUUCCAUUUUAAGUAUUAAGGUUUAUCCAGGCAAGAACUUUAAUUAAAUAGUAUUUUCCAAUAAAUCAAACUGCCUGGUUGAGAUUAGUUUACAACCCAAAUGUUUAUAAGUAAAUGUUGAACUUAGACUUUUUUCAGAAUUAUAUAAAAGAAGAGUGCCUAUCUUAUCCUAGUCAGAGAUACCAAUCACAUUUCCAAGAAGUUCUCAAAUUGCUUCCAACAGAAUAUCUUAAUAUUGACCCCCAAAUAACCAUCUGUAAUGAGUUCUGAGAUGAGCAAUGAGCAUUAGGUUCCAUUUACCAAACAGGUGACAGCCUUAUGCCUAAAUUUCCAGAUGCAGCUCAGAUUCUCUAACCAUCUCAAAGAUACAAGUCUAUGUUGGAUUCAAUAUGAUAUGGAAUCAUUAUUUUAAUGUUCUAAUUAUAAUCUUGUUUAGAUGGAUAUUUCUUCUAUUGUAUUUCAGUGAAUUGUGAAUUAUUAUCCAGUUUUUAAAAGUGCACAUAUUUGUAGACACAGUUCUUUUGCUUAAUUGUGCAAGAAGAAACUUUUAAUUUCUAAUGCCCUACCUCCAGUAAACGAGUAUUUACAGAAUGGAGUUUAUAACUUUUCCUAAACUAUUGUUAUUUUUUUAAAGCAAGAGAUUGUUUUUAAAAGGAAGCAUUAAAUAUGUUUCUAUAGUAUUUGGAUAUCUGACAAGAAAUAUUAAUGCUGAAUAUGAAACAGUGCAAUAAUUAUUAAAUUAUACAACUGAAAAACCACUUUAUAAAGUACACUUUCCAACAAACAUUUUAACACUUUUCAAAUAACCUGACUUAUUUGAACAAAAAUGUCUUUUUGACAUUUACAGUGUUCUACUCUAAGACACGUAGAAAAUGAUUAAAGUAAGAAUUGUCAAGACAAUAUAUUUUGAGAAUUUCUAGAAUGUUUAGUUUACUUUUUAUAUCUGGAAACCAAUGACAGACCCUAACACCUUUUUAAUUUAAUAAAAUAUACUCAAUAAG